UGAAAGAAACGAGGCCAGUUUUUUUGGUUAUGCCCUUCGCUACGACGAGCGCACUCCGACUCCUCUCUUCUCGAAACUCCCUCUACUCUCUUUCUCUACGCAAAUUCGUUUUCGCAGACAAACGGCCUUUCAUUCUCUCGCUUUCUGUGGCAUCAUCAGCUAUGGAUUUCAAUUCAUCUCAUACGCUGGUUCUAUGUGGAAAGUCGAUGGCCGAAAAUGAGAUCGCUAAAUCUAUAAAAAGCACUAACGCUCUGAAGCUGCCUGACAGUAGUGACGUUUCAAUUCUUUUGCAAUCGGAACUGGAGAGACCAUUGAAAGAAGACGAAUACUCUUUUAGCAUCGAUUCCUUCAUGAAUUGUCUUUCGACUAAUCAGUUUGGCAGGUUCCUCAUUUGGUCUCCGCGGUUGCCUUCCACGCACGACGUUGUUUCUCGCAAUUUUUGUGAGCUUCCAAUCGGUACGGUUUGUGUUGCCGAUGUUCAGUCGAAAGGACGAGGUCGGUCAAAGAAUGUAUGGGAUUCUCCAAUAGGUUGCCUUAUGUUCUCUUUUACCAUACAAAUGGAGGACGGGCGAACUGUGCCUCUUUUGCAGUAUGUUGUGUCUCUUGCUAUCACUGAGGCAGUAAAGGAUGUCUGUGACCAAAACGGCUUGCCAUGUGCUGAUGUUAAAAUUAAGUGGCCAAAUGAUCUUUACUUGAAUGGCCUUAAAAUUGGAGGCAUCCUAUGCACCUCCACAUAUAAAUCAAAGAAGUUCAAUGUCAGUGUAGGUAUAGGGUUGAAUGUUGAUAACCAGAAGCCAACAACAUGUUUGAAUGCAGUUCUAAGAGAACAUUCUGAUGUGGCUUACCGAUUUAGUAGACAAGAAAUACUUGCAGCCUUUUUCAAUAAAUUUGAGAGAUUUUAUGAUCUUUUCAUUGACCAAGGAUUUCAAUCGCUUGAAGAGCUAUAUCUUAAGACAUGGCUGCACAGUGGACAAAGAGUAAUUUUAGAGGAAAAGAAUGAGGACCAAGUGGUUGAAAAUGUGGUUACUAUUCAGGGUUUGACAUCCUCAGGAUAUUUAUUAGCCAUUGGUGAUGACAAUCAAAUGUACGAGCUUCAUCCUGACGGCAAUAGUUUUGACUUCUUCAAAGGGCUGGUUAGAAGAAAACUUGACUGAAGAAGCACCUUCAACUGGAAGCAACUAUAGUCCUCAGACGUGUGCAUAUUUGAUCAUGUUCGUUGUCCUUUUUUUUUUCUCCUUUUUGGCGCACCUAUUUUUUUCAAAGAAACCUUAACUAUACUUAAAUUUAAUUAGGUAAGAUUUCCUAAAUUACAACCGUUGUACAAUUCUUUGAACAGCUGUUUACCAAAAUAAAAAAUAUAUCAAGUGAUAUAUUUGACAUCCGGUACAGGUGGAAUCAUAGUUGCCGCAGAUAAUUAUUCAUUUGUAGGACUUAUUGUUUCCCUGUUGAUAGCUAUGAGCUAAGUUCUAUGAAUAAUUUGUCUUA